UACGUCACGGGCACGACGUGACGUUGUGAUGUCAAGUAUAAGCAGGUAUAAGCGUUCUGUGAUGUCACCACGGCACUAUCAGGAUCACUUGACUCUGUUUCGCUAGGAAAAAAAAAAAAAUUGUAGUUUGUGUUUGUGUGCUGCGGUAGUGAUGUUUCAAGCUAUCUUUGGCCGCCGGACUAAUGAUGUGAGCCAGCCAUCACCGAUACAACUUCAAAGACAGCGUCAAAUCGCCUCCAUCAGGUCUUCUUGUCCCAAUAUCGUGGUUGUCGACGCCGACAAGGAGUUUCGGAUCCCGUUCGUUGCUGAAGGACAUUCCUUCAAUCUGGAGAUACACCUGCCGAGUUCCUUUCCUCACGAAUGCCCCGUUCUGAAAGUGACGCCGGCUGCUACUCAUCCCAUGCUGGAUGAUCAGUACCACGUUACGGGCGUGCCAGCGCUCACUGCGUUUUCCAUGCACACAGACCUUGGAAGAAUAAUACAAGGUAUUCUGAUGGAGUUUCAGAACCACCCGCCUAAGCUCAGCACAGCUGCUAGGACAUUGCCCACACUGCUAACCUCGGGUUUUGGAGAGCCGAAAAUUCCUCCUGCAACUUUGAAUUCCUGCUCAAGUAACUUGAAAAGUUCAAUGUCACCUUGCCAGUUUCCUCAGCUCCUCAAGCUAAGCCACUCCCAGCUAGAAGAACUUCUCAAGGAAGAUGGCAAGCUGCAGGAGUUUGUUGAGCAGCUACCCGAAGUAUUGCGCUCUGAGGAAAUCAGACACCUCAUGGUGACCCAGAAUGAAGAGUUGGCGCGGAAAACGCUGGAGCUCAAGCCUAUCACUGAGCAGCGCAAACAUCUGCUUUUACAAAAGGUGGAUGAGGUGAAUGUGCUGAAGGAAGAGUUUGAGCAGAACAGCCAGGUGCUGGAGGCCCAGAUGCAAGCCUACCAGCCGUCCACCCUACAGGACAACCUACGUGUGGCCACACAGGCCGCUGAAGAGGAGGCCGACACCAUCGCCCAGCAGUUUCUCAAUGGUAAACUAAGCACAGACCUGUUCCUUGCAAAAUUUAUGGAAGUAAGAACGUUGGGUCACAUUAGGCGAGUGAAAGAAGAAAAGCUGCAUGCCCAACUGCAAGAGCUGCACAGGCACGUCUUCUGAUCCCAGUUCCGGACGUGUGCCAUGGCAGCCUUUUUGUAUCAAGCAAGCAAGCUAACUCGUGUACAUAUACUAUUUGGACAAAUGAUACUUAUUUAUAAAUGUGAGGCUGCCAGUAAUGACGGAAGACGCUGUGAAAAGAAAGUGCCCAGGUGCUUUUACUAGUAGGACAGCCUUUUUUUUUCUUACCCUCUGGCAAAGAAUAAAACAAAUGCUGUUU